GCCGGGAGAAGUUUGCAGGGAGGUGGCACCAAACUUCCCUGGCUGCACCAAGACAGUGCAGGGGAGGACGGACAGACAGACGGACAGACACCGGGGCUGCGGCUGCCCAGGGACACCCUUGAGUUGAGCACCAGCUGCGGAGCAUCCCGUCCCCUCUGCACCCAGCCAUGUCCCCGGUGGUGAAGGAGAAGAACCACGUGCGGUUGGUCUUCUUGGGUGCCGCCGGCGUGGGCAAGACAGCCCUCAUCCGCCGCUUCCUGAUGGACACCUUCGAGCCCAAGCACCGGCGCACGGUGGAGGAGCUCCACAGCAAGGAGUACGAGGUGAGCGGGGCCACCGUCAAGGUGGAAAUCCUGGACACCAGCGGCAGCUACUCCUUCCCGGCCAUGAGGAAGCUCUCCAUCCAAAACAGCGAUGCCUUCGCCCUGGUCUACGCCGUAGAUGAUGCCGAGUCCUUUGAGAGCGUCAAGAGCUUGCGGGAGGAGAUCCUGGAGGUGAAGGAAGACAAGUUCCCUCCCAUCGUGGUGGUCGGCAACAAGGCGGAGAGCGGGGGCGAGCGGCAAGUGGCGGCGGAGGACGCCCUGUCGCUGGUGGAGCUGGACUGGAACAGCCGCUUCGUGGAGACGUCGGCCAAGGACAACGAGAACGUCCUGGAGGUCUUCAGGGAGCUGCUGCAGCAAGCCAACCUGCCCAGCCGGCUCAGUCCCGCGCUCUGCAAGAGGAGGGAGACGUUGCCCAAGGAGCAGGCGCUGAGGCCACCCAUGAACAAGACCAACAGCUGCUCGGUGUGCUGAGCCGGCCACCCCGGGGCCGGGAGGAAGGCGCCGGCAGCAGCGGCACUGGCUGGAGAAACUCAGGUGGGCUGG